GGUCAACUUUCAACUUCUGCCACACUGAAGACCGCCUAUUUUUUAGACGCUUGGAUUCGCGCCAUUUUCAGACGACAAUUUUGCAAAUGCCAUCAACCGAUUUCAUCGACAUUCCAGCUGCCAAGAAAAUGAAGAUCGACAAGUGCAUCCUUCGUUUCGCCAAGCUGACCGAAAAUGCUCUGGAGCCGGUAAGGGGAUCGGCCAAGGCUGCGGGAGUUGACCUGCGGAGCGCCUAUGACCUGGUGAUUCCGGCCCGUGGAAAGGCCAUCGUGAAGACCGAUCUCCAGGUGCAGGUUCCCGAGGGCUCCUACGGACGCGUGGCCCCGCGGUCCGGACUGGCGGUGAAGAACUUCAUCGAUGUGGGUGCUGGCGUGGUGGACGAGGAUUACCGCGGCAACCUGGGCGUUGUCCUGUUUAAUCACUCGGACGUGGAGUUCGAGGUGAAGCGCGGCGACCGCAUCGCCCAGUUCAUUUGCGAGCGCAUCUUCUAUCCGGAGCUGGAGUUGGUUGACAAACUGGAGGACACCGAACGCGGAGAGAACGGAUUUGGUUCCACCGGCGUCAAGGAUCUGCCGCCAGUGGCCAAGGCGCAGAAUGGCAAUGGACAGAAGGCAGCCGAACCUGAGGAGGCUGCUCCCGCCCCCAUUGCCACGUAGAGGAGAUACUAUCGUAAUAUUAAGCACUUCGUACUUAUGGGCCAAUAUUUCCUGGGCCCCUCAUGUUCAUAAUCCAAAAGUUCCAUCUUACUCUAUAGAGUCUGUAUUCUAAAUAUUUAUUUGUUAAAUAAAGGCCGCCAUUGAAGAUCGACAU